UGUUGUUGUCUUGUUGACCGCUUGCUGGUCUAUCACUCGCUCACUUUCUCUCUCCCCACCGUCCUAGUUUUCUCUCUCUACAUUUCCCUGAAGCUCCAUGGAAUCCACCAGCAGUACUACCUCGUGACCAGGUGCCUUUACAGAGAGAGAGAGAGAGAGAGAGAGAGAGAGAAUAGGAAUGAGAGAAUGGAGGCGGCGGAGGAGGAGUUAGAGAGGAGGAGCAAGUUCUUGAACAGCCUGAUACAGAAGAAGAAAGCAGUUGAACAGAAAGAACACCACGAGUGCCUCAACGUUCGCGUCAGAGCCUCCGACAUGCCCUUGGCUUUGCAAAACAGAGCGUUUACUUGUGCUAGAGACAACCUUGACUCCACGCCUGGGAAGAAACUCGACAGCAAACGCAUUGCUCUUGCCCUUAAAAAGGAAUUCGACUCAGCAUAUGGUCCAGCUUGGCACUGCAUUGUGGGAACAAGCUUCGGUUCGUAUGUUACACAUUCAACAGGAGGGUUCUUGUACUUCUCGAUUGACAAGAUUUACAUCCUUCUCUUCAAGACUGCCGUUCAGCCUCUGGGACAUUGACAGUUGCUGCAACUUGAUACUUUCUGCUCCGCGUGUUUCCAAAAUCACAAGUGGAAUGUCAAGUACUCGUGGAAUUAUAGACCAGGAAUCCGAAUAGACAAGGGAAAGUUGUAGCCUCCACGUUUUAGAUUGUUGUUUUGUAUCGAUGAGUUGCCUUCCCAUGUUAUCACAUUGUGAGAGCACACGCAAAAAAAGAGGUUCUUUUGAUGAGUUGCACUGUGAUGUACUGUUCCAGUCUGUUCACCCAAUUUAGGCAAUUCAAAUUGUGGAAGUUAUGACAAGGAUUGUAUUUCUUCCUCCUAUGUUUAGGACAUGACGUAACGAAUUACUCCUGCUAGAGUAGCCUUAUAAUUCAAAUGGAACCCAAACAAGGUGUCUAGUGA